AUGUCGCGCUCGGCUGGGCUCCAGCGGGAACGUGAGGUCCAAAGCUUCGUCCAGAGCUGGCAGUCCGCACAGGGCUCGUCGCUCAACGUAGCCCUCAAUGUCGACAGCCUCGAGCAGCAGAGCCUUCACGGCAAAGGCUACACGCCGCGGGCAUCACGCGACAAGACCCUCACGGCCUUUGCCCAGCUGGCGGUCCUGCGUCUCGGAGUGAAGCGUGCCAUGGUGUCGCUGAUUGACGAUCAACACCAGACGAUCCUCGCCGAGGCCACGCGUAACCUCAAGCUGGGCGACCUCGAGGCACAGGCGCCUCAUGAGUCGAAUAAUUCUGCUGCCGCCGGGAACAACAGCACCAGUGGUGGCAGCCAGAAUGGCAUCAACGGUCCUGUCACCGAGAACGACCUAUGGCUGCGACACCCUGCCUCUGGCAUCUUAUUAUUGAACCAGACUUGGUGCAUAAGUCUACCUGUCUCACUGCAUUGGCAAGAACCGCUAACAAAACUAGUUGGCGCCUCCGUUAUUACUCGUGCGGAUGCUGUCUGUGAACACUGCUUGACAGAUACCUGCAUUGCGCGCGACGAAAGUGGCCAGUCCUACACGGCGCCAGGACUGAUCGUACCGGAUCUCCGACUUGACCCUCGGUUUCAGAAUCGUCCCUAUGUGGCCUCUGAACAGGGCAUACGAUUCUACGCUGGCGUUCCCAUCUUUUCCCGUCACGGCCACAAGAUCGGCGCCUAUGCCGUGUCCGAUGAGUCUACCCGCCACGGCCUGACGGUAGACGAGCUCCAGUUCAUGCAGGGAGUCAGCCAGGCCAUCAUGGAGCAUUUGGAGUGGGCGCGUGACCGAGUUGACCGCUUCAAGGGCGAGCGUAUUGUUCGCGGUCUGGCUGCCUUUAUAGAGGGUUGCUCUGGAAUGGAUGAUGAGCCUAACCACUCAAAGAGAAGGUCAUCACGGAGCCCCUCGACUGUCCGUCCGCCAAAUAUCUCUGUCACGACCAAGAGGCCUCCUUUAACUCGCAUCAGUUCCCGCUUCUCUGAUCAACUGGAGCCUUCAGAUCAGCAUCUCUCAUCAUCACCUAAGCAAACUUCAGGUUCUGUAACACCAGUCGGGUCCCGCUCGUCAUCACCCCGUCAAAAGAAGACGAAGCAGCCAGGGCCGGAUCGUCUAUCGCGAAUGUACCACCGCGCAGCCGAGCUCAUGCGCCAGUCUACCCUCGCCGAUGGAGUGAUCCUCUUUGGCGCAACGGCCACCACGUCUAGACAGAUGGUACGAGCACUGAAAUCCGGUGGACUCCAGUCAGCAGACGACAACGAACACUACCUGCAGUCGACCUCAGGUUCCGAGGCCAGCGUUGGAAUAGAUAGCUCUGAUUCUGACACCUCGCCCACUACCCGGCCGUGCAAGAUCUUUGCAUACUCUCUUGCUGACGAGCGUGCUCGGGCCGAUAUCGAACAGGGCACGGCUUUGUCUCUGGGUACCUUGGAGAAGUAUUUCGCCUUGUUUCCCAAGGGCAAAACCUUCUCGUUCACUGAGGAAGGUGCCGGAAUAUCUUCAGAAGAUGAUAGCGCCAGCGACUUCGGCGCUUCUGACCAUGGGGAGGGCGGUCAUCGACGACGGAAGGUAGAAAUGGACCAUAGAGAACUGCUCAAGAAGAUACCGGGCGCCAAAGUGGUCGUUUUUGUGCCACUGUUCGACUACGCGGAAGACACUCUCGCCGGCGGAUGCUUUCUCUGGGCCUCAGUACCGGGACGUCUCAUGACACUGACAUCGGAUCUUAGCUACCUCAGAGCCUUCGGCAACAGCAUCAUGAACCAAGUUGGGCGGAUCACGAUUCAAAAGAACGAGGCUGCGAAGACGACCUUUAUUGCUAGCAUGAGUCAUGAGCUGCGCAGCCCUCUCCACGGCAUCUUGGGGGCUGCCGAGUUUCUCAGGGACACCAAUGCAGACCCUUAUCAGGCGGGGCUCAUCGCGUCCAUCUCUACCUGUGGCAAAACGCUGCUCGAUACGCUAAAUCAUGUCCUCGACUACAGCAAGAUCAACAGACUCGGCCGGGUUCAGAUGAGGAGAGGCACGAGACAACAGAAGAUGGGCAAUUUCGCGCCUGAUUCGAUGGAGAGCCUGAAUAUGACCAACGUGGUGAAUUUGGGCGUUCUGCUCGAGGAAGUGGUUGAUGUCAUCGCAGCUGGACACACCUUCAGGCUCCCCGGAACGGGUAUAUCGCAAAACUCUGUGUUGCCAAGUGACGUGUCCGAUGCUGAUGGCAGCCGGUUGGUGACAGUGAGGGGAGGGCCGGUGUCUGUGCUGUUAGAUAUUUGCCCGAAGACAUGUGGGAGGGUACGUACCCAACCGGGCGCUUUACGUCGAAUCAUCAUGAAUCUAUUCGGAAACGCCCUCAAAUAUACAAGCUCUGGGUUCAUCCUUGUGUCUCUGCGCGGCCAAAAGAGCGACGAUGGAUCGAAAAUCGAGACCCUGAUAAGGGUCGUAGAUACCGGGAAGGGGAUGUCUGAAGACUUUCUGCGGAACCGACUUUUCGUUCCAUUCAGCCAAGAAGAUUCCUUCCAGCCUGGUACUGGUUUGGGUCUGAGUAUUGUCAAACAGAUAGUCGACAACUUGCGCGGGAGGAUUGAGGUCAGAUCUGAAGAGGGGAAAGGAACUGAGGUGGACGUUCGUCUACGCCUUGCUCCAGCCGCUGAGGAUGGGAUAUCACGGCCAGAGGAGACACUGGACUCGGUACUGGAACAGACGAAGUCUCUUCAAGUGCGUCUUCUCGAGGGAGAAGCUGGUCUGCACACAGAUGUGGACACUCAACAGCAACACCCCAAAGUAAACGAGGUGCUCAGUGACACUUGCACGACCUGGUUGGGCAUGAAUGUGACAAAGAAAAAUGCCCCGGGCACGCAGCAACCCGAUAUUUACCUUUACAAUUCACCCCCCUCGCAGCAAUUGUUGACGACGCGUUUGGAGAGUAUUUCCAAGAACUUUCCUCAGGGUCACAGGCCUCCCAUUCUUAUUGUGUGUCCAAAUACAGAAGAAAGCGUCCGGGUUGCGCAACAGACCCAAAGCUUGACGAAACUAUUGCCAUCACAGGUGAUAGAAGUUAUCCCUCAGCCAUGCGGUCCACGGAAGCUAGGAAGGAUUAUCAGCCAAUGUCUGACAAUGGCAAAACAAACUGCCGACAAGGGAAGAGUGACGAAUGGUGUUAUCCCUCUCCCGCCAUCACCACCGAUGGAAGGAGGCCUGGUCACAGAGGGAGGACUGAUGAAGGCGGAUGUAAACGGCCAGCAACCGAAACUAGUCCCACAAAUCAUACCGAACGGCCCAAUAUCUCCCGUGUCGCCGCCGCCCUUGGACCCAGAAACACCGUCUCUAUUGGGUUCCAUUGCACCAGUUUUAGAAGACCCAGUGCUAGGCGCUCAACGAAGCGCUCCUCACGUUCUCGUGGUUGACGACAAUGCAAUAAAUCUCCAGCUGCUCGUCAUGUUUAUGAAAAAGUGCGGCUUUACGUAUGAAGCAGCCGAGAACGGACAAGAAGCGGUGGACAAGUACAAAGAGGCCUAUAAAAAGGCGUCCUCAGGGCCAGGUGGCGGUCUGACAGUCCCGGCUUUCGAUUUUAUUCUCAUGGACAUCAGCAUGCCUGUGAUGAACGGGAUCGAGGCGACGUGGAAGAUACGAGAGUUUGAACAGGAUCUCGAGUUGCCGCGGUCAUAUGUAAUUGCCUUGACAGGUCUGGCGAGCGCUGACGCACGGCGGAAUGCGGAUUCUGUCGGGGUGGAUUUCUUCAUGCCCAAGCCGGUGCGGUUUGCGGAGUUGAAGAAGCUCCUUGUCAAUAAAUAG